CAAUCUGCACAAUGCUCACGCCUGUUACAAAGAGUCCCAAACACCUGACAACGGCUGUUGAGGGCCUUAUGGCAUCAAGUCUGAGAGAACUUUGAUGAAGAGCAAGCAUUUCUGGAUACUGAGGCGCAGUUGUCUAAUACCACAGUAAAGGAUGAAAGCAAGGACAAAGAAUCAUCUUCAGUUACUUCUUCAGCGACUUCUCUUGUACCCAACUUCCAAUUCGGUAGAGGAUGAAUGGAAACGGCGUGAUGACGCAGUGGACGCUGUUGUGCAGUAUUGUGAUGUCCUAGAAGGUGGCCCACUUUGUGGCCGGCCCAAGCAGAUCAAGACGAUAUCCAUCCCAUCAACAGACCCUGAGCCUGACCUUGACGGCUCGUCCAAUGUUAGAGACUGCCUUGACAAAAACAUGGAGACCACUCUCUGUCCACGUGAUGAGCUCUUUUGUACAACACAGAAGCAUCACGGAUGUUUCGAAGCCACGGGCUUGUUUCCAGUGCUUUGCUAAUGAGAAACUGCCCGAUCAAACCUGUUGUAGGAUGUUUUAUGACACUGGCUGCAUGACACGGCACAUUGACACUUGUCACCUGCAUGAAGACUCUCUCA